CAGCAAGACGCCGCUCUCUUGUCGAGUUGUGCUUAAUUGAUACCCGAUACUACCCACCAUAUUGAUCAUUUGAAUAUAUUCAUUGGACACAAUGAGGGGCGAAAUCUGUCACAUCCACAUUGGCCAAGCUGGUGUUCAGCUUGGAAAUGCUGCUUGGGAGCUCUAUCUCCUUGAGCAUGGCCUUUUGCCCGAUGGUCGCCCGGAUCCCGAGACCAGAGAUAUCGCCGAAACCGGGUCUAACGAGACCUUCUUCAACGAGACUGCAAGCGGAAAAUACGUUCCCCGAUCUAUCUUUGUCGAUCUCGACCCCAGCCCAAUCGACGAGGUUCGCACUGGCACCUACCGAGAGCUAUUCCACCCCGAGCUUCUCGUAAGCGGCAAGGAAGAUGCAGCAAACAACUACGCAAGAGGCCACUACACAAUUGGCAAGGAAUUGGUUGACACUGUGGUUGACAAAGUCCGACGUGUCGCUGAUAACUGCUCAUCUCUCCAGGGAUUCCUAAUUUUCCACUCAUUCGGUGGUGGAACUGGGUCUGGCUUUGGAUCCCUCCUUCUGGAGCGCCUCAGCACUGACUACGGCAAGAAGUGCAAGCUGGAGUUCGCCAUCUACCCAUCUCCUCGCGUCUCCACUGCCGUUGUUGAGCCGUACAACGCCGUGCUCUCCACCCACUCUACCAUUGAGAACUCAGACUGCACUUUCCUCGUCGACAAUGAGGCCAUCUACGACAUCUGCCGCCGUUCGCUCGAUAUUCCCCGCCCCAACUUCGAGCACCUGAACCGCCUGAUCGCCCAGGUCGUGUCUUCGAUUACCUCCUCCCUCCGCUUUGACGGCGCGCUCAAUGUCGAUCUAAACGAGUUCCAGACCAACCUCGUCCCGUUCCCGCGCAUCCACUACCCACUCGUCUCCUACGCCCCAGUCAUCUCCGCCAAGAAGUCCAGCCACGAGAGCUUCAAGGUCCAGGAACUGACCCUACAGUGCUUCGAGCCCAACAACCAGAUGGUUGUCUGCGACCCGCGUGCCGGAAAGUAUAUGGCCGUCGCGCUCCUGUACCGUGGCGAUGUUGUCCCCCGUGAAUGCAACGCCGCCGUCGCAAGUCUCAAGGCCAAACAGUCAUUCAACCUCGUCGAGUGGUGCCCGACCGGCUUCAAGAUCGGUAUCAACUACCAGAAGCCCGUUGUUGUCCCGGCAUCUGCUUCGAACCCAGACAGUGCCCUCGCGGAGGUCGACCGCGCCGUUAGCAUGCUGAGCAACACGACCGCCAUCGCGGAGGCCUGGAGCCGCCUCGACCACAAGUUCGAUCUGAUGUACAACAAGCGUGCCUUCGUGCACUGGUACGUCGGUGAGGGCAUGGAGGAGGGCGAGUUCAACGAGGCGAGAGAGGAUUUGGCCGCUCUCGAGAGAGAUUACGAGGAGGUUGGCGCCGAUGGCGAGGCCUUUGCCCCUGAUGACGUCGAGUAUUAAGCUUUGAGUCGCAGAGAAAUCCAGUGUGCCCGAUCUGUUGAGAGCGGACUGGUUUCGUGGAUUUGAGUAUCUAGCGUUCCGUUUUGAGCGGUUAUGUUCUGUGGGAUUUGAUGAGUAUGACAGUAUCGUGGUAGUAUAUCCUCUUUGUCCAGAUUGGAUGCGUAUAUACUAGUUCUGAUUUAUGAAUAAAAUAAUUGUGAUGCGGGGACGUUGAGGAAUGAAAAUACUAGAAUUGAAAGCUUUUAUAUUUUAUUUUAUUGGUGCUUGCACCCCUAAAAUGUGAAGAGGGC